GAUUUUAAACACUCAUUAAGAAGGUGAUGAUGGAGUCUUGUAUUUUUACAAAAAGGUGUAAAAACGACUUUUUCAUGGUUCGUUUCGUUUGUUCUCCCUAAUUGCAUUUCCAGGAGUAAGAAUUUCAUAAAGUAUAUUGCUGCAUGCUUACACCUAAGUACAUUUUUGAAAGUUGCUUCCACCUUCAUAACAGCAUGUAUUUUGGUACCUGAAAAGUGAUGACUUCUGAUCUAAUUAAUAGGGCUGUGCGUGCUUUGAGAAUAAUUUACAAGAAAUGGCUUGGAUGGGCCUUGCUUCUCUUUGCUAUUGAUUAAAGCUGACCUCUUUUUUUCAGGUUUCUGCAGAACCCUGAAAAAAAACAUACUGUGGCGUCAAGAAGUCAACUCAGUUAACGUAUGAAGAAUUAUUUGGCUCCUUGGCCAACUAUAAUAUUUGUGUGACCAGUGCAAUGAAAAAGGAUCUUCAGGUGAACUGUAAUAUCAGAGCAAUCACCCUCUACGACAAGCCAGCAUCUUUCUUUAAGGAAACACCCCUGAGCGAACAGCACAAAUUGUUCAUCAGGCUCUCAAAAGACUAUGCUCCUUUUAAAACUAUGGAAUCCUUCCCCGUAGAUGAUGUUGAAAGAUCUGCCUUUACACAGUUCGAUGUCGUCAGUGGAAGUGCCACGCACCGCCCAGGCCGACCAGCUCUCCUUAUUAGCAGCACCAGUUGGACAGAGGAUGAAGAUUUUUCCAUCCUGUUAAGUGCUUUAAAAGAGUACGAGCACUGUGUCAGCAGCAGAGCAAAACUUCCUUCUCUGGUGUGUGUGAUCACGGGCAAAGGGCCUCUGAAGGAGCAUUACAACACGUUGAUGGCUACUCUGCACUUCAAGCACAUCCAGAUUUGCACCCCCUGGCUGGAAGCAGAAGACUAUGCCCUGUUGCUCGGCUCAGCCGAUUUAGGCGUUUGUCUUCAUAAAUCCUCCAGUGGUUUAGAUUUGCCUAUGAAAGUGGUGGAUAUGUUUGGCUGCUGCUUGCCCGUGUGCGCCGUGCACUUCCAGUGUUUGCACGAGCUUGUGAAACAUGAAGUGAAUGGCUUGAUAUUCAGGGACUCGGGUGAACUUGCGGAACAGCUGAAGAUGCUUUUUGGGGAAUUUCCUGCUGUGGAAAGCAAGCUUGCUUUGUUCCGAAGAAAUCUUCGCCUGGCCAAGCAGCAACGCUGGGAUGAAAGUUGGGAGCAGACAGUAUUUCCUCUGUUUAGCGACAAAUCGGAUUAGCUUAUAAUAAAUUAGUUAAUUGAUAAAUUAUGUCCUUUUCAAAUUUUGUAAUAUCCUGACCGUGUUUGAAAAUUUAAAAAAUGCUUUAAAUAAGAAUUUUAUGACCAAUUUUAUGUUGAAUAAAAAUGGCAUUUUAUUUUGGUAAAUUAAAAAAAAAACUUACGUAAAACUUGGUCACAGACAUAUGUAACCUUUCCUAUUUUUGACCUUCAAUUAGUCACAUUCUAGGCAAACCCAAGCACCAGUUCAUAGACGGGAAUUAGCAUUAUAUUUGAAUUGUGAUUUCUGGUUUACCAUUUUCCAAAUUAUAACCUGAAGUCAGGGUUUGUUUGGAGCUAUAAGCUAGGAAUCCCAGUUUGACUGUAACUCCAAAGAAUCUAAUGUUGUAGUUUCCUGGUUUGGUAUAAGUUCCUUCUGGCAGAAAGGUAGGGUAGGGAACUGGAUUCAAGGCAGCUCUGGUGUAUUGUUCUGAGCGUAUACAAAACAACUGAAUUGAACUUCACAACAGUUGACCUGCUUCCUAAGCCUGCACACCUCUUUUAAUUGAGAUACCUUUCUCCCUUGAGGAAUAUAUAUAGCACAUUUCUCAGCUUCCUCCGGUACUUUUAUGUAUCUUGAGCACACAGCAAGCUUCAUUUUAAGAUUCCGGGGUUCAAGGAAUCAAACUGGCAACAAAUGUUGGCCAAGAGUGGAAAAAUGAGUUUGCUAAAUGAGACCUUCUAAAGAGAGAGCUAUUUUAGCUCGGAUGUUCUUGACCUCACAUGGUCAUCAAGACUCCUUUUGCCUCUUUAUUGCCUGAGCAACAUAUGGUGGGUUUAUUAUCAUGUAUAGUAUAGAUGAUUGAAAUCUCCUUGUCUUCUUCUAUGUGCUGCACAUGAGUCUGAGAUGUUGUUGCCAUACCAGCUGCCUAGACCAUAUGGAAUCUGCCAUUGAUGGAGAUUGUUAUGUAAUGUGACUUAGAUGCUCACAUAAAACAGGAGGUCUAGGAUGAAGGAUACUCAGGUUCAAGACCACCCUUGAUUAUGGAAACAUGUUGAUUGACUUAGUGCCAUUGUUUUUCAGCCUAUUCCUAACCUACUUUAGAGGGUGGCUUCUGGGGAAAUAAAUAUGGAGGAGGGAAUCCUGGCUAUGUCUCCUAGAGAAAGUCUGGGUAUCCCACAAGCAAACAAGAAAUAAAUGUAGAUCACCUCUCUUCCUCUCCAAAAAAUGUAAGAAAAUGCAAGGCAUUCCUUGGAGGUAGACAAUACUAGAUUCAAUGUGUCUUUCUAUUAUGGCAAGAUUUAACAUCCUCUGAGUAACUCUGGUGAUAGAUAAGAGAAUACUUUAUCUGAUAUGUUUUUUAAAAGCUAACUUAAAUGCAUUUGAAUAUUAUCUUCAGGAAUAUCUGUUUUUAAUUACUUUCUCCAGUCUUUCUCAGUGGCACCUUUUUGGCAAGACAACAGGACACAUUUUUUCAAGCCCAUCUGUACCUAUUAAUGCGUGAGUGCAUUUGCUACCUCUGAAACUGUUUGGUGUUCAUUAAAUCCAUUGCUCCUUGUUUGUC